AAGAAAAAUCCUUAUUUAUUUAUUUAUGAGCAUUGCAACAACAGGAGGCAAAAAUUUGAAAAACCAACUCUAAUCAGAAUAGGAACUUCAAUGUCUCUGGUGAGUCAGUUGAGUUCAUUUCUCUCCAACAAUCUGCAACUCAGACUCCGAGUUACUCGUAACCGUGUUCUUCCAUUCCGUGUUCAACCAUGUACCGAUACCAUUAAAGCCGCCGCAAAAUUGUGUUCUGAUGAAGUUAUAUUCAGGAGAUCAGCCAGCUAUCGACCUUCCAAAUGGGAUUAUCAAUUUAUCGAGUCACUAACCAGUGAAUAUGUGGGAGAACCGUACACCACACGAAUCGAGGAGCUGAAAUCUGAAGUUAAGACGAAGCUGGAGAGAGCAGACAAUGAUUUGCAUGAACUCGAAAUGAUCGAUACGUUGCAAAGGCUCGGAGUAGCUUACCAUUUUGAGGAUGAAAUUGAAAGAGCACUGAAUAGCAUUUAUAUAAACCCUAAGAAUUGCAGAACAAAAGACUUGUAUGCCACGGCACUGGAAUUUAGGCUCCUUAGACAGCAGGGGUAUAAUAUAAAUCAAGAAGUGUUUGAUAGUUUCAAGGAUGAGCAGGGGAAGUUCAAGGCAUGCCUCUGUGAUGAUAUAAAGGGACUGGUUUGCCUUUAUGAAGCUUCGUUCCUUUCGGUACGAAGCGACAAUAUCUUAGAUGAAGCGAAAGAUUUCGCUCGGAAAAAUCUCGAAAUAUAUGUAAAUGAGAUUAAGAUUAAUGGCUGCAAUGACAGUGCAUAUUUGUUCACGUUGGCAAGCCAUGCUCUGGAGCUUCCUCUGCAUUGGAGGAUGCAGAGGAGUGAAGCCAUGUGGUUCAUCCAUGUUUAUGAAAAUAAUGUACCUUAUGAUCCCAUAAUUCUUCAAUUUGCAAAAUUGGAUUUUAAUAUGGUUCAAGCUAUUCACCAACAAGAUCUUCAACAUGCUACCAGCUGGUGGAAGAAGAUGGGGCUUGGUGAAAAGCUCGAGUUUGUAAGGGCAAGGCCAAUGGAGGGGUUCUUAUGGACAGUAGGGGGAGUUUUUGAGCCUGAAUUUGGAUAUUUCAGGAGAAUGCUAACUAGAGUUGGUGCACUUGUCACGGUUAUUGAUGAUAUUUAUGAUGUUUAUGGCACCUUGGAUGAACUCCGCCUUUUUACUGAUGUAGUCGUAAGAUGGGAUAUCAAUGCCAUGGAGCAGCUUCCUCAUUACAUGAAAAUAUGUUUUCUUGCUCUCUAUAACUCCAUCAAUGAAAUGGCUUUCGAUCUUCUUAAGGAUCAAGGAUUUGACGUCAUUCCUUUUCUUAAAAAAGGAUGGGCAGAUUUAUGCAAAUCUUAUUUAGUAGAAGCUGAGUGGUACCAGAAUGGAUAUAAACCAAGUAUGCAAGAAUAUUUACAAAAUGGCUGGAUUUCUAUCUCUGCACCUCUGCUCUUAGUCCAUGCAUAUUUUACUGCAACAAAUCAAAUUACAGAUGAAGCAUCACAAUGCUUAAAGGGAUAUCCAGAAAUUGUUCGAUCUUCCUCCUUGAUUACAAGACUUGCAGAUGAUUUAGCAACAUCGUCGCAUGAAUUUACGAGAGGUGAUAAUGCGAAAGCAAUGGAAUGUUACGCGCACGAAAAUGGAGGUUCGGAAGCAGAAGCGCGAGAUCAUGUGAGGGCUUUGAUUAGUGAAGAAUGGAAAAAAAUGAAUGAAUAUGCAAUUGGAAAUACUAUCUUGUCGCAGACUUUUAUAAAAAUGGCAAAGAAUCUGGCUAGGACUUCUCUGUGUAUGUAUCAAUUUGGCGAUGGAUUUGGUGCUCAGAAUCUAGAGACUCGAAAUCAUGUUAUUUCUUUGAUUAUUCAACCUAUUCCUCUAUCUUAGUUAACUACCAACAACUCUUGGAUAUUUGUGAAUGUGUAUAUUUAAUUUACCUUGUAUCUAAAUCUUGUAUUUUUAUAAAUUAUAACUCUUGUAAGAAUUUGAUUUGCAACAACGUAAAUUUUUGUUUUGACA